AUGGAUUCUGUAUUACAACAAGAAUCUCCCUCUAAGGGAAUGGACCAAAGUUUCCAAAAAUUUAACAUUUCACAAUCAAAUUUUCCUGGCGUGAAAAGCUUCCUCGAAGAGGAGAAACCAUAUAAUCCGGAAAGGAAGACUGCAUCCAAGUCAUAUUUGACUAAUAGAGAUUUUGCAGACUCCAAUUUUAUUUCUCACGGUGAUGUGGACGUCAAUGCACAAUCUUCCCUCGACAUCAAGAAGAGAAAUCUCAAUAAAAGAACUAUGAGUAGUGUGAGGACUACAACUGGGUCAGGAUCCAUCGAUUAUGGUACUGUUCAAAGGGGAAGAAGAUCACUCUCAGGUACCACGAAGAAUGAAGAGGUUCCACAGUUCAAACAAUAUAUGUUGAAUGCAAAUAAUAAAAGCAAUAUGAUGUCGAAGGAACCUGAAUCUGAUAUGAUAGUUUCCACUUCAUUGAAUGAUCUUACGGGGGUCCCCAAUACGUUUAAGAAACAUCAUGAUAUUUUACAAAAUUCAAGGUUAAAUUCAUCGCAUUCGAACUCAAAUUCAAACUUACACACUCAGAGUAACAACAACAAUAACAGUAAUAAAGAUUCAAUGGAAUCCGAUAAUGAUAGUAGCGACCCGCGAAAUGAGGCAAUGAGAGUAUUUGAGAACGUAAUAAACAAAAAUCGUGGUCCCACUGGUGCCAAUCCUAAUACUUUUCAAGAAUUCAUGAUGCAUAGCACUCAACAAGAUAUCCCAUCAAGACAUGACGAUGAAGAAGAAGAUGGAGAUGCAAACGUAAAUAAAUUGAAGAUAAAAUCAUCUCCAAACGAUACAUCCUUGAGUGAUUCCAUUUCUUCGACCAAUUCAGAGGAUUUGAUGUCAUCUGAUUCUCCAAGCUUUAACAAGACCAAGAAAUUGUUUCAAAACAAUGCAAAUCUAACUCAACAAAAUUCGAAACAAGAAAUUCAGUUAUAUGGACCACAGGAUGCAGGAUACGUUUUUGAAACAAGGGAAGGUGUAUGGUCAGCGCCCCCCAAUGAUAACAGUAAUAAUAAUACCGAUAAUAAUCUGCAUAACAAUGAUCAUGGAGAUAAUAUUAGUGCAAUGGCUAACUCGAUAUCAAUGACAAACAGUACGAUGGAUAAUGACAUGACUAGUGGUAAUUAUGGUGACAUGAAUAAUACUAGGAUAGAUAGUCCCAAAUUUGAUGUAAAAUAUAUGCCACCUCAUGUCGAAAAAAAGGAACCUGAUCAUAGUCUUCCCUAUUUGAACAGUAAUGGUGACAUUACAACGGGAUCAAAAUUGGAAACAUCAUUUAGAGAAAGCAGAAUUAAAUUAAUCUCAGUGUUAACAGAGAAAAUUUCAUCAAAGACCGAUUGGCAAUCUAUAUUUGAAUUGACUAUCAAUGGGGAAAAUUUGAGAAAUAUUGUUUCAUUAAAUGAAAAUUUACCUAAUUUGCUCUAUUGUAACCUUGAUGAUAAUGAAUUGGAAUCUCUUGAAGGUGUUCCAGCCCAGGUGAUGGAACUUUCGUGUUGUAAUAAUAAUUUAACUAGUGUGAAUUUUUCGAUAGAUCAAUUAAUUCAUUUGGAAAAAUUAAAUGUUUCGCAUAAUCUCAUUCAUUCAAAUUUAAGUUUACUUGGUUCCUCCCUUCUGUGCUCUCAUUUGAAAUAUAUUGAUUUAUCCAAUAAUAAGAUUAAUUCAUUGGAGGGGCUAAGUGAUUGUCAGCCCAUCCAGUUAAAUUUAGCCAAUAAUAAUAUUGUGGGGACUGUUGAUUUUGCCAAAUUAAUCUUGCAUACUCCAGGACCACUAAAUGGAUGGUUAACUGUGGAAGAAUUAAACCUGUCAGGAAAUGCGAUAACAUCCAUACAUAAUUUAAGCAGCCUACCCAAUUUGAAGAUAUUACGUUUAGAUGGUAACCCGAUCGAGUAUAUCAAUGACACGAAUGAAUGUGAAACAUUGGAGACCUUAACUUUGUUGAACACAUCGAAGACAUUACAAUACAUUGGCGAAGGCGAGAAAUUGCCAUACCCUCGUUUGCAUACACUUAAGAUUGACGGGAAUUUCCCCGGUUUAUUACAAUUACAAGAAUUACCAUUGACAUUACAAAUAUUACACGUUGAAAAUGGUUCUGUUGAUACAUUACCCUCCUGGGACCUCUUACCGGACACUCUCCGUUCUCUAACACUAACUCAUAUCCAUGGAUUGAGCCAGAUACCGUUAGAUCUUCGCUACAGAUUACCCUUACUAAAGAAACUGAACCUGUCUCACAACGAAUUACAUAAUUGCUACGAUUUCAUCGAAGCGAUCCCCUCUUUCUGUCUGGAGGAGUUGGAUCUACGUGGCAACCGUUUCAUUCCAACCUGUGAGGAGAUCUGGUCUUAUCGUCAUUACGAUACCAAGACAGCACGUGCGGUUGUCCACGUGAUGAGGGCCAAAUUUGAGGAGGCCUUGGGCCUCACUUGUCCCUGUUUGUCCCUCGUGCUCCUAUAA